GUGUGUGUGUGUGUAAGUAAUUAUAUGUAUUUGCAGUGAAGGUGAGGUGGUUUCAUGUCAUGAUGUUUUCCCUGUGCUGAGCUGCUGUUAUGAUGUGCUUGUAUCCCUCACUGAGCCACACUGUUUGUGUGUUGAGUGCUUUAUCAUUUAUUUCAGUGUAUGUGUGUGUCCAAAUGUAAUGCUGAUGCUUAGCUUUUGAUUGUGUGUAUCUAAUUUUGUACUAUGUGUGUGUGUGUGUAUGUGCGCGCGUGCGCAUGUGCAGGGAAGGGUGAUGUGUUUGGGGACGUGUUUUGGAAGGAGGUGACACUAGCACAAUCCUGUGCCAACGUCCGAGCUCUGACAUACUGCGACUUGCAUGUGAUCAAGCGUGACGCCCUGCAGAAAGUUCUGGAAUUUUACACAGCCUUCGCCAACCACUUCUCACGGAACCUGCUACUCACAUACAACCUACGCAAGCGGAUCGUGUUCCGUAAGAUCAGUGAUGUGAAGCGUGAGGAAGAGGAGCGCCUGCGGAGGAAGAACGAGGCGCCCCUCAACCUGCCGCCCGACCACCCGGUGCGCCGCCUCUUCCAGCGCUUCCGGCAGCAGAAGGAGGCGCGCCUGGCGGCCGAGCGAUUCCCGGCCGACGAGCACGACCUGGAGAAGGGCCACGGGCCGACGCCGGUCCACCUCGGGCUCGGGCUCCCGGGCGCCGCUGCCCGCCACCAGGCCGUGGUGCUGCACGACGCCAUCGCCAGCACCAGCAUCGUCACGGUGACGGAGAGCCCCGCCACCCCUAUCCCCUGCAACUCGGCGCCCGGUCCGGCGCGCGGUCCGUCAGAUCGAGCCCGGCUUCAAGCCCCGACGCUGGGCGGCGGUGGCAGCGGGGGUGGUGCCGGGCCGUCGGCGAAGUCGGAGCCUCGGGCGCGCGGCUGGGGCCGCUUCCGAGAGAGCGUGGCGGCCAAGCCGGACAGCGGCGGCUGGACCAAAGUGUCCAAGGCGGAGUCCAUGGAGACGCUGCCGGAGCGGGGGAAAGGCGCGGCGCCCGAGGAGAGCGGCCUGAAGAAGACGGACUCGUGCGACAGCGGCAUCACCAAGAGCGACCUGCGUCUGGACGAGGGCGAGGCGCGUUCCCCCGGCGACCGCAGCCCGCUCCAGCUCGCCGCCGGUCUGGGGCCGCCCCUCCCGUCGACCGCGGUCAUCGGCGUCGUCGGUGGCAUCGUCGGCGGCCACACGGCGGCCAGCACGCCCUCGCCGCUGCCGGCCCACAUCCCGCCCAUCCCCGAGCACAGCCUGCACGCGUCGCUGCUGGAGCUCCGCGCCGAGCUGAAGGAGGAGCUGGCCGCGCUGGGCAGCCGCAUGCUGGCGCUCGAGAGCCAGGUGGCCGAGGUGCUCCGUCUGCUGCGCCACCGCAAGAGCCCCACCGCCGGCACCCCCACCUCCCCGACGCCGCUCUUCCGCAUCUCCCGGCCCGCCACGCCCGACUCCGAGAAGGAGGACAUCUUCAGCUGAGCGCUGGGCGUCGGGACGCGGUUGCUGGUGUUUAACUGGGCUUUUUGGGCGUUUUUAUUUUUUGGGGACUGACGCGACCGAAAGAUGUUGUCUAUCUGGAGACAAACGAGAUGAGAGAGGCACCUUUGUUGUGUUGCUGGAGACACACACACACCAGACAGACAGGCCUGUGUGUGUGUGUGUUUGUCUGAGACAACCAGAGUAUUCUUCAGGGAGACAUUCAACAUGUUUCUCACGAGAAGGACAGACUCGAUAUCUAUUUAUACGUGCACAAGACAGAGAUGGAGAGACACUGACACCCUUAGAGUGUGUGAGACAGGGACACAUGUGUGUGUGUGUGUGUGUGUGUGUGUGUGUGUGUGUGUGUGUGUGUGUGUGUGUGUGUGACACAUGGACUCACACACUCCCAUCACACUCUGACCGCAAUGUGCCAGAGCUCCCCUGUGUGUGCCUGUGGAGAGAGAAGUAGAAGGGGGGGGGGAGGGAAAGCGGCAGUGAUGGUGACGUUUUAGCCUCAGGGCACCGUGAGUGACAGUCGUCAUGGAAACAAACCCCUAUCCAGACCCCCCCAUACACCCUCUGCUUAUGCCCAACCCUUUCAGUCUGAGCUGAGUACUUCUCCCCACCAGAUUGUGUCAGAGCCCUGUCUAUCUACUUCAUGUGCUCACAUUUACAGUGCACAGAGCCUUAUCACGGACAGCCUCGAUGAUAUCCAUCAUCAUCAUCAUCAUCCUCAUCAUCAUCAUCAUCACUGAGAACUCUUGAACCUGCUCACCGGAGGAGGAGGAAGAGGAGGAGGA